AAAUCUACCAUUUUGACAAAUAAUCAUCAUUUUCACUUGCAACCGCCCUUGUUGUCGGAUAAUUUUGCUAGUCUAUCCCGAUUUUCAUUCGACAAUAAAUCUUCGAUUCUUCAUCGUUUCGAUAAUGUACCGCCGAAAUCUAGCGAUUCCAUUCAAGUGAUGAUUAACGGUAAUGAUAAAAAUCAACAGCAACAGCAACAAUGGUCGACGAAAAGCAAAAGUCAUUCGCAUCAUCAACGAUUGAAGUCGCCUGUCAUCAAAAUUGCAUCCGAUGAUAAUAACGAUGGUGGUGGUGGUGCUGGCCAAGGGAUUGAAUUGAAAAAUUAUUUCGAUUCCAAUGUCGGUACUUAUGACCGAAAUAAAGCCUAUGAAUAUCUCUUCACAAUGAUGAAUGAAGAUGAUGGUGAUCAACCAAGGCGACCACCAAAUCAAUCAUCAAAAGAUUUCUUUGAAACACCGAAACCGAAAAUUGCGGCAAUCACCACCACAACGACAACACAAUCCCCAUCAUUUUCAACUUCGAUAUCCGGUCAUCAACGAUCUCGAACAUCAACAACAACUAAUCCUCAGCGAAAAACUACCGAUAUUUACCGAAUACGACGACCACCAUCCUCACAACAAUCGGAUAAAUUGAUAAAUAAUGAACCAUUUGUUCCCUACACCACAUCUAUACCGAUCAAAUCGACUAGCACAUCAUCAUCGAUUGAUUCUCUCGAUAGAACUGUUGAUUAUAACAACAACAACAAAUUCACUAAUCAAAAGCAAACAUCAAACAAUGAGGAUGAUGGUGACAAGUUUUAUUAUUCAACCCCGUUCACAACUACAAUUAGCAAUAAUCAACAGCAACCACAGAAAGAUAUACCAACCGAAAAUUACAUACUUUAUCCUAAAGGAAGCUUAAAUCAAAAAUAUCAACCGCAGCCACAACAGCCAUCGUCUUCUCCCAGGCCACCUGCUUCUUAUGAUAAUCAAAUUGCCGAAAUUGAUCAAAAUCAAUUGACGCAAUUGUUGGAAUAUUAUCGACAAAAUGAUGAUCGCAAUCAACACAAACAAAAGUCCAUUAUAGCGACAACAACCGAAAAAUCCUUGCCGCUUACUUUACCGCCCCAACAGCCACAAUAUCCACGACAACCACCAACAUCAUCGCCGAUCCAUCGUCAGAAUAAACAGAAUUUGAUCGAUUCAAUCAAUUGGAAUGAUGAUAGACCAGUUACUUCCAUUCCUACAAAAACGGCAAUCAUAGAAUCGACAGCAAAUUAUCCAAUUCAGCAACAACAACAACGCAAUUACAUUUCGAAUUCACAACCGAUACCGACAACAACUUCGACACCGGAUAAUUCUAUUUACACAGUCAUUACACCGACAAGAAAGGAUUUCGAUUUUAGCAUCACGCCACAAACGAAAUCGAAUCGUGAUCAAAUUUCUAUCCUGCCACCGAUCAGCAAUAUUAAUGUACAGAAUGUUGCCGACCAACGAUAUUCACAACCAGUUUCAACCCAAUCUCAAUCGAACGAACAAAUUCGAACAACAACAAUCAGUUCGACGCCAAGAAAAAUUCUCGAUUUGACAACCGAAAAUCUAAAUCUCAACGAUCGAAAACCAAUCACAUUGACUGGUUUUGAUUGGGAUUCUAUAUUUCAGAACAACAAUAAUAACAAUAAUAAUAAUAAUAACAAUAAUAACAAUAAUAACAAUAAUAACAAUGCCAAUCAAUGGAAACCAAGACAAAACCAAAGUUACUCAUCACCCAAUCAACAACAUUGGAAUCAACGACAAUCAUUGACGCAAAUUCAACCGCCACCGACAAACACCUUUUUCGACCGUGAUUAUCGACAAAACGUAACUAAUGUUCGACCAAAUGAUCACUAUACACCAUCACCAUUGAAUGUUGUUCGAAUAUUGCCGAAAGCAAGUAUCGAAAAUAUUCCAUUGCCACCGUUCAAUGAAUAUGAUGUACCCGAAAUUCCUAAACAACAUCAGGAUUAUAUUGUCAAAGUAGAACGAAUACCUUUGACAAAUCUGGAUGAUUUACGUAACAAUCCUAUCGCUUUGCUGGAUAGUGAUGAAAAGACCACGACAACAUUGUCACCAACAAGUACGACGACCACUCAACUCUCCCAACAACUUCGUCGGCCACCGAAAAAUCAAAAACCAAAAACAUUACCCAAAUUACAAGAAAAAAUGAAGAAUAGAAACAAAAAUUUAAUCCAAAAUAGAAAUAAAAAUGUUAAACAAACCAAAAAAGAACGGACCAAAUCGCGUCGAUUGCAAGAAGUAUCUACCAGUACCACUGUAGCACCGGUGGAUGAUGCCGAUGAAGAUUCAUCGUCCAACGAUAAUAAUGAUAGUGAAGAAAACACCAGUGAUGAUCAGGAACGAGAAAUGGAAAGUACCACCGAACAAGAAGAGUCCACCACGUCGACCACUGAAGCACCUGAAACUGAAAGCAAUGAAGAUGACACACCAUCCAGUUUCGAAGAGAAUGAUGACGAUGAGGAUAAUGAAACUGAACCAUCAACAACGACCACAACUACCACCACCACUACAGCUCCACCACCAACGACAAGCAAACCUUCAAUGAUGAUGCCACCAUAUCCGCCAUAUCCGAUGCCACCGAUGAUGCCGCCAUUUAUGUUUGGACCAGGAAUGCCUUAUCCGCCACCACCGCCACCCCCUCUACAUAUGGCUUAUGGGCCAUUCUCGAUGCCAAUGUUUAUGCCACCAUCGCCAUAUGGAUCACCGCAACAGAUGGCAUAUCGGCAGCCAAAUUAUUCCGCAAAACAACCACAACCAAAUGUUGCACAAAGACCCGGUCCACCAUAUCAAACACCAUCGCCACCCACAUCUCAACCAUAUCAGCAACCACCACCGCCACAAUCCUAUCAAUAUCCUCACACAUCCUAUCGACCAAUGCAAUACACAUAUCCUCCACCACCACAGCAGCAAUCCACAGCUCAACAACAAUCACAACGACCUUAUCCAUCUACACCGUUGCCACCGAUGCAAUAUCCACCGACGCAACCCUCACCAAUUGCCUAUGCUCAACCAAAACCAUUACAUUCAUAUCCGGCUCCAACACCGCACAUGUAUCCACAAUCGAUGCGAAAUUAUGCCAAGCCAUCACCGAUUGCGCACCAAUAUCGUCAACCGUAUGCCCCCAUGACAAAUUCCUAUCCAAAGCCGAAUAGGCCGGUUGAGAUAAACAAAAGUAUUGUGAUCAAUGCCGAUCCUGGUUAUUCUUCAUAUUACAAACGACAGGACAGUAGAAAUCAGGAGUUUGAGAACGCACCAAAGCUUGGCGUUAGCUUGAAUGUUGCUGAGCCAAAAUAUCCAUCGUAUCCACAGUCUCAUCCUGUCGCGCCCUAUCCUGCUCCAAAUCCAUCAAUGAUGGCGCAUCAUAAUCGACAACAAUAUCCUCCCAAUAGUAAUCAACCAAUGAUGUAUCCACCAGUCCACUAUCCAUCCGAACCAGAUUCGAAACCAAAAAACGUUUUAGCAUCGUUCAAAGAUAAUCUGAAAAAGAUGCUUCCUAAAUUACGUCUUCAUUCGGGCGAUCCAUAUCCACCAGAAAUGGACAUCUACUAUAAACAAAUGAAUGGAACAUAUAAUCCAGUCGAUCCGAUGGAACAGUUUUGGACCAAUAUCAAUCGUUCUGAUGGCCAUAAGACCAAUUAAAGUUAUUGCUGACACUGUGAUGAAUCAUAUAUGAUGAUAAAGAUGGAA